AUGGACUAUCAGCUGUUGCUGCAACGAGAAGCAUCGGCAAAGGGCUACACGUUGACAUCGCUGUGCCAAGUUAACGCUCUGCUUACAUCACAGAAAGUGGCUUGCUGCGGUGGUCUUCUUGAAAAAAUUGUGGCGGAGUCCGCGCAGGAUUGUACAGUGCUGCUGCGGGAUGCAACAGGUACGGUGCACUGCGCCAUCCACGGUGCUGUAUCGAGUCGGUACCCCGAUGUCUUGGCCUCAGGGGCGCUGCUCCUGCUUCGUGAUGUCACUGUGCUUGUCACACCGACACUGAUGCAGCCGGUUCUAAUUGUCUGCUUGGAGCACCUCGUCGCCCUUAUGCUACCGGAGGGACCACCAGAGAGCGGUCAAAAUACUGCCGUGGGGUUUGCGUCGUCAGCAUCUCCGUUCACAGAUCUUCCGCCUCACCAAGAAGAAUACAUGUCCAACGGGUGCCAGGACACGGCUCGUGGGGUAACUCACAAGAGACCGCGCGAGGCCUGUCUUGGGUCUGUCACGCCAGUCGCUGCAAACCCCACACCUAAAGUUUCUGCCAUUCCUUCUGGUGUUGACAGUGAUGAAGAUUGCUUGCAGUUGGCAGACGAUCUUUAA